CCGCUGAGCCCGCGCCCGGCCGCGGCGCCGCCCGGCACCAUGGUGCAGAAGUCGCGCAACGGCGGCGUGUACCCCGGCCCGAGCGGGGAGAAGAAGCUGAAGGUGGGCUUCGUGGGGCUGGACCCCGGCGCGCCCGACUCCACUCGGGACGGUGCGCUGCUGAUCGCCGGCUCCGAGGCCCCCAAGCGCGGCAGCAUCCUGAGCAAGCCCCGCGCGGGCGGUGCGGGCGCCGGGAAGCCCCCCAAGCGCAACGCUUUCUACCGCAAGCUGCAGAAUUUCCUCUACAACGUGCUGGAGCGGCCGCGCGGCUGGGCGUUCAUCUACCACGCCUACGUGUUCCUCCUGGUCUUCUCCUGCCUCGUGCUGUCUGUGUUUUCCACCAUCAAGGAGUAUGAGAAGAGCUCGGAGGGGGCCCUCUACAUCCUGGAAAUCGUGACCAUCGUGGUGUUCGGCGUGGAGUACUUCGUGCGGAUCUGGGCCGCGGGCUGCUGCUGCCGUUACCGCGGCUGGAGGGGGAGGCUCAAGUUCGCCCGGAAGCCGUUCUGCGUGAUUGACAUCAUGGUGCUCAUCGCCUCCAUCGCGGUGCUGGCCGCCGGCUCCCAGGGCAACGUCUUCGCCACGUCCGCGCUCCGGAGCCUGCGCUUCCUGCAGAUUCUGCGGAUGAUCCGCAUGGACCGGCGGGGUGGCACCUGGAAGCUGCUGGGCUCGGUGGUCUACGCCCACAGCAAGGAGCUGGUCACCGCCUGGUACAUCGGCUUCCUCUGCCUCAUCCUGGCCUCAUUCCUGGUGUACUUGGCGGAGAAGGGGGAGAACGACCACUUUGACACCUACGCGGACGCACUCUGGUGGGGCCUGAUCACGCUAACCACCAUUGGCUACGGGGACAAGUACCCCCAGACCUGGAACGGCCGGCUCCUGGCGGCCACCUUCACGCUCAUCGGGGUCUCGUUCUUCGCGCUUCCUGCGGGCAUCUUGGGGUCUGGCUUUGCCCUGAAGGUUCAGGAGCAGCAUCGGCAGAAGCACUUUGAGAAGAGGCGGAACCCCGCAGCAGGCCUGAUCCAGUCGGCCUGGAGAUUCUACGCCACCAACCUCUCGCGCACGGACCUGCGCUCCACGUGGCAGUACUACGAGCGCACAGUCACCGUGCCCAUGUACAGCUCGCAAAGUCAAACCUACGGGGCCUCCAGACUCAUCCCCCCGCUCAACCAGCUGGAGCUGCUGAGGAACCUCAAGAGUAAAUCUGGACUCACUUUCAGGAAGGAGCCCCCGCCGGAGCCGUCGCCAAGUAAAGGCAGCCCGUGCAGAGGGUCCCUGUGUGGAUGCUGCCCCGGACGCUCUAGCCAGAAGGUCAGUUUGAAAGAUCGUGUCUUCUCCAGCCCCCGAGGUGUGGCUGCCAAGGGGAAGGGGUCCCCGCAGGCCCAGACGGUGCGGCGGUCCCCCAGCGCCGACCAGAGCCUCGAAGACAGCCCUAGCAAGGUGCCCAAGAGCUGGAGCUUCGGGGACCGCAGCCGGGCACGCCAGGCUUUCCGCAUCAAGGGUGCUGCAUCUCGGCAGAACUCAGAAGAAGCAAGCCUCCCUGGAGAGGACAUCGUGGAUGACAAGGGCUGCCCCUGUGAGUUUGUGACUGAGGACCUGACUCCGGGCCUCAAAGUCAGCAUCAGAGCUGUGUGUGUCAUGAGGUUCCUGGUGUCCAAGCGGAAGUUCAAGGAGAGCCUGCGACCCUACGAUGUGAUGGACGUCAUUGAGCAGUACUCGGCCGGCCACCUGGACAUGCUGUCCCGCAUUAAGAGCCUGCAGUCCAGGAUAGAUAUGAUUGUGGGUCCCCCACCCCCUUCAACUCCCCGGCACAAGAAGUACCCCACCAAAGGACCCACGGCCCCUCCGAGAGAGUCACCCCAGUACUCACCUAGAGUGGACCAGAUCGUGGGGCGGGGCCCAGCGAUCACGGACAAGGACCGCACCAAGGGCCCGGCGGAGGCGGAGCUGCCCGAGGACCCCAGCAUGAUGGGACGGCUCGGGAAGGUGGAGAAGCAGGUCUUGUCCAUGGAGAAGAAGCUGGACUUCCUGGUUAACAUCUACAUGCAGCGCAUGGGCAUCCCCCCGACGGAGACUGAGGCCUAUUUCGGGGCCAAGGAGCCGGAGCCCGCGCCGCCGUACCACAGCCCGGAAGACAGCAGGGAGCACGUGGACAGGCACGGCUGCAUCGUCAAGAUCGUGCGCUCCAGCAGCUCCACCGGCCAGAAGAACUUCUCGGCGCCCCCGGCCGUGCCCCCCGCCCAGUGCCCGCCCUCCACCUCCUGGCAGCCGCAGAGCCACCCACGCCCGGGCCACGGCACCUCCCCCGUGGGGGAUCACGGCUCCCUGGUGCGCAUCCCGCCGCCGCCCACCCACGAGCGGUCCCUGUCCGCCUACGGCGGGGGCAACCGCGCCAGCACGGAGUUCCUGCGGCAGGAGGACGCCCCGGGCUGCCGGCCCCCUGAGGGGGCCCUGCGGGACAGCGACACGUCCAUCUCCAUCCCGUCCGUGGACCACGAGGAGCUGGAGCGCUCCUUCAGUGGCUUCAGCAUCUCCCAGUCCAAGGAGAACCUAGACGCUCUCAACAGCUGCUACGCGGCUGUGGCGCCCUGUGCCAAAGUCAGGCCCUACAUCGCGGAGGGCGAGUCGGACACCGAUUCGGACCUCUGCACCCCGUGCGGGCCCCCGCCACGCUCCGCCACCGGCGAGGGCCCCUUUGGUGACGUGGGCUGGGCCGGGCCCAGGAAGUGAGGCCCCCCAGCGCCCUGCCUCUGAGGUUUUGAGGCGGGAACCCCCUGGGGCCCUUUUCUUAUAUUAACUGGGUGUGGCGGGGAAGUAGGCCCUGGAGGGGCCCGUGUGGGCUGAAGGACGGGGCUCCUGACAGUGAACUUUCACAAAAGCUAUUUUCCAACAGGGGCUGGAGGGCCGGGCAGGGCCCCGUGGCUCUGGAGCA